GCCAAUCACAAUGAGGCAGGUUCAGAACCCACAACGAACGUCCAUCGAUGGGCCGCCCGGUGCUCUACUCGUUCUGGAAGAGCAGCGCGUCGUACCGCGUGCGCAUUGCGCUCGCGUGGAAGGGCAUCGAGUACGACUACCAGCCCGUCAACAUCUUCAACCGCGAGAACGAAGCCAGCGAGUACCGGCAACUCAACCUCAAUCAGAAAGUACCGACGCUUGUGAUUGACGGCCUCGUGCUGACACAGUCGCCCGCGAUCCUCGAGUACCUCGAGGAGACCCGUCCGCAUCGCCCGCUCUUGCCGUCCGACCCCGCGGUCCGCGCGCAGAUCCGCGCCAUGUGCGGCAUCAUCGGCGCCGACAUCCAGCCGCUGCAAAACAUGGCGGUGCUGCGCGAGGUGGCGCGCCACACGGAGAGCAAAGCGACGCGGAAGCGCGAGUGGGCGCAGCACUGGAUCCAGCGCGGCUUCCUCGCGGUCGAAGGCAUCCUCGAAGAGACUGCGGGGAGCUACUGCGUCGGCAAUGCAAUCACGAUGGCCGACCUCUUCCUCCUGCCGCAAGCCAACAACGCAAAGGCCUUUCACGUCGACAUGAUGCCGUUUCCAAACAUCACUCGCAUAGCGGCGACGCUCCAGAACGAGCCUGAGUUCAUCGCCGCGCACCCGAUCAACAUGCCCGACAAGACGGACGAGUGAGUACUCGACGAGUGGUUCAAGUCCCCGAUUGUGACUUGAUGGACAUAGCUCGAGGCGUCAAGUUGACCAAACUAUUUUGAUCCAGUUAAUGCUUUUCGGUUUUUGCAGCCUCUUGUCGUAGUGCCAGUUGCAUGGUUGCAUACUAACAAACUCGCAAGGAAUUCC